UCGGGUUCGCUAGACUUCUUAUUUAUAGUAAGUGAAUUUUUAUUUCCCAACAAUACAAGCCAGAUUGGUGCACAUGAAUACUGGCUCCAGGGUGGACCUUCCACAAGUUUAGAUAAAGCCUAUCUUUGAAAUGUAGUUAUAUUCUAGCGACUUCAGUGAUCCCAGUAGUGAUGGCAAUUUUUGCUAUCCUUUUGAAGCCUCAGGCACCAUUGUAGGCUGUUAACUAACACAAUUUCUAAGUCCUAGGACAACAGAAAGCACCCUCAAGAGUAGUUAGUUGCCAGCUAGCUUAGACUAAGUCUCACAAUCUAGGCUCGUCGGAAAGGUCGCCUUAUUUUGUGAUAGAGGAGUCCAUCCCAUGAAUUGUCUCGGUUGGUUUGACAGUUUUUCCAAAGAGGAGCAAAUCUAUAAUACUGAGUUGAUUUUGCUGAGAAUCCAAAAGUAAAUGAUGCAAACUGAAUUAAGGAGGAACUGCUACUUUGCAACUAGUACCCGAAAGCUCGGUAACUGAGGUAAAAUCAGCCCAACCAAAUAUAUGAACGCGCUUUGUGGCCUCUGUACUUAUAGUCGUGUACACACGACUGUAGAGCGCCAGGUCACAAAGGCGAGUAAACAGGAAACCAACAUGGCGCCCGGCGUCCUUGAAAAAGCCUCCCUUGGUCGUGUCCCUCCCUGAGGAGGCCCCUCCCUUCCCGCUUCGUUGAGUGACUGGGAGCGGACGCCAAUAGCGUCGCUGGCCCUGCAUCCUUUUGGUUCAACCGCCUAUCAGCACGAGCCAGAGGGCAAGCGGGGCGGUGCCGCUCCCUUUGCGCGCGCCGCCGGGUACACGGGCGCCGUGUUCUCGCGCGGCUGCGGCACACGGGUGCGGCUGUCUUUGCUCCGGGUGGGCUCGAGCGGCUGUGCUUGAAGUCCACUCGUGAGGACCCGGGCCCCUUCCUGCUCGGUGGGACGCGGCCUCGAGGGAGGGCAGGGGCCAGCCUGCAGCUGCGCCGCCUGUAGACGGAGAGCAGCCAUCUCACUGGGAAUGCGAUGCAGUCCCUGGCGCCCAUCUGAGUCACCUUAGAGUAAUAAUCAACCUUAACUGGGGGCGCCGUGCACGUGUGAUAAAAGCCCUGGGAUUUAGUUUUACAUAUUCCCGUGUCUUCACAAAUGCAGUAUAUCAGUGAAGGCCUUGGGACACCACUGUGCUGUGUGCUUAGGGAGCACAGGACUUGCCAGUGGAAAAGCUGAAGAGGAGCAGCCAUGGACUGCGUGUCUUCACCUGCUAGCCUACGCCUCCACAGAACCCACAGCCUGGAGCCGCAGCUCUUCUGACCACCUUUCUCUGAGAAAGGAAAGUGAAUCUCGAGGCAAGCGCUUGCCUCGUGAAGGCCAGUUAUCUCUGGAGCACUUGUGAAGCCGUCUGUCAGUGUGUGCAGUUAACCUGCGCCCGCCCGUCCAAGAUGUCCUUCAGUGCCACCAUUCUUUUCUCCCCUCCCAGUGGCAGUGAAGCCAGAUGCUGCUGCUGUGCGUGUAAGAGUGAGACCAGCCAGGGCAGCACGGGUUCUCAGGGCGGGAAUCCUCCUGCUGGUACUCCCAUCACAGUGACUGGACAUGGCCUGGCGGUCCAAAGCUCUGAACAGCUCCUGCACAUUAUCUACCAGCGGGUGGACAAGGCAGUGGGUCUGGCUGAGGCUGCUCUGGGGCUCGCACGGGCCAACAAUGAGUUGUUAAAACAGCUCCAGGAAGAAGUGGGUGAGCUACGGCAGGGCAAAGUGUGCACCCCUGAUGAAGAUGGGGAGAGCCGGGCCCGCAGCCCACCACCCGAAGAGCCCGGAGUGCUCAAGGGGAGUCCAGGAGAAGCCUGCAAGACUCUGCCUGCCACGGAGGAGGAGUGUGAUAGCGUGGGCAGUGGUGUGCAGGUGGUGAUCGAGGAGCUGCGGCAGCUGGGGGCUGCCUCCACCGUGGGCCAGGGGCCCUUGGGCUUCUUCGCAGCCCCCCAGAGAGAUGCGCGCCUUCCAGGAUGCACUCUGACUGGGGUAGAUGGAGCCCCACUGCUCAACCCGGUAGCGGACGACUAUAUGGCCUCUGAGGGCUCAAUACAACGAGUGUUGGUCCCCGCUUAUGCCAAACAACUUUCACCAGCCACACAACUGGCUCUCCAGAGGGCAUCCUCAGAGACAGGACCAGAAAGUGGAGGCAAGCUGCCGGCAGCCCGCCCUGAGGACAUGCUUGGAUCCGCAGCUCCUGACGGCGCCUUGGAAGAGCCGGGUGCAGGAGGCACUGGAGACCUGAGCCGCUCUCUUGGGUUUAUCGGCUCCCCAUGCAGGAUCCGGGGGACUGGGCAGAAAAACUCCAGGCGUAAGCGAGAUCUGGUGCUUUCCAAAUUGGUCCACAAUGUGCAUAACCACAUCACCAAUGACAAGAGGUUCAACGGGUCUGAAAGCAUUAAGUCAUCUUGGAAUAUUUCAGUAGUGAAGUUUCUUCUGGAAAAGCUCAAGCAGGAGCUGACGGCCAGUCCCCACAAUUACACGGAUAAGGAGCUGAAAGGAGCCUGUGUGGCCUACUUCCUCACCAAGAGGCGGGAGUACCGCAACUCUCUCAACCCUUUCAAAGGCCUGAAGGAGAAAGAGGAGAAGAAACUUCGAAGUCGCCGAUACCGGCUUUUCGCCAAUCGAUCCAGUAUCAUGAGGCAUUUCGGACCUGAGGACCAGCACCUGUGGAAGGACGUGACAGAAGAACUGAUGUCCGAUGAGGAGGACAGUCUUAACGAGCCAGGGGUGUGGGUGGCCCGCUCUCCUCGAUUCAGGGCCCAGCGCCUCACAGAGCUCUGCUAUCACCUGGAUGCUAACUCUAAGCACGGUACCAAAGCCAACCGUGUAUACGGGCCUCCCUCAGACAGACUGCCUUCUGUGGAAGCCCAACUCCUUCCUCCCGAGCUUUACAACCCCAAUUUCCAAGAAGAGGAAGGAGGAGGCAAUGAGAAAGGACCGGCCUCUCCAUCCUACGACCAGUCCCACAAGGCAUCCUGUCCUGACUUGAACUCGUUCAUUGAAAUCAAGGUGGAAAAGGAUGAGUAUGCUCUAUAACCAGGAUAGCUGGCUCCCUCACUCUCCACAUCCCACAAAUGGAUGGCUCGGAAUAAGGAGACGCCUCCUGCAGUCCGAAAAGGGAAAUCUGCUUUUCUUAACAUAGUUUCCACUUGAAGUGGAGCUGGACACUCUGGUGGGAGACCUUUCUCCCCAUGAGUGGCAACCAGAAAAUGCUUAUUCCUAAGAACAAACAGUGCCUCAGAGAAUCCUGGGAUGCAGAGGAGCCUGGGCCAGAGAGACAUCAGGCCUUGACCCGGGUUCCAUCUCUGACUUAGUUGCCCCCAUCACACCCCACUGUACCCACAGCUCAGGAGAAACACUGCUGGUCUUGUGCUGCCCUGGAGGCUGAACAGAGCAGUCCAGGGUAAUACUGCCCCCUGGUGGGAAGUUUCAGUCAUGGGCUUUUUAGUCUGAGCAGGGAAUCAUGGGCUUACCGCUAUUUGGAAUUAGGGUCUAGAUAUGAUAGUUAUUGUUUGGAUUUUUUAAAUGAUAGUUAUUGUUUGUUGGAUUAUAUAAGAAAAUAUUAUUUCCAUAUUACAUGUGAGGAAAUUAAAGCUUAAGCCUUUCUCA